UGUGGAUACACACGUGCUUCAUAAAUAACAUGGCGGUCCGGUGCGUUCGAGGGGAACUUGAAAAUACAGUGGCUCUUGCAAGCUAAAAGCUACUCUCAAGUUUGCGCCAAGAUAUCUCCUCUGUCAAGUUUUUAAAUGAUGAUAAUAAACAGCGAGCCAUCUUUCCUGCCCAAAGAUAUAAUUUCGCAUCUAAAGCUCGUGGAUUCGAGCCCAAAAUGAGUGCAUUGAGAAAUGGAGAUAUUACUCCAGUUCAGCAAAUGACAUCAUCUGGGUCUGGGGCAAUAAUCGUGUCACUCUUCACUACUCCUCUUGAUGUGGUUAAGAACCGAUUACAAGCUCAAGCCAAGGGAACACCAUCAAAUCGAUGUUAUAUUUUCUGUAAUGGCCUAAUGGACCACCUGUGUUUAUGUAACGCUCUCGGUUCUCCAUAUCGGCCCUACCCCCACCCUCCUCAUCCACCUUUCACGUCCUCUAUCGACGCCCUGAUAAAGAUCCCUCGGUAUGAAGGCUUGUCCUCGUUAUGGCGAGGUUUGCCUCCCACAAUGGUUAUGGCAGUUCCAAAUACUGUGAUAUACUUCACCCUUUACGAUCAACUUAAGAUUUCUUAUGGAUUUAAAAAUAAUGAAACAAAUUUAUGGUCUCCAAUGCUCGCUGGUAUAACAGCAAGAACAAUAUCAGUAACCGUGAUUUCACCAAUUGAGAUGAUAAGAACGAAACUUCAGUCAAGAAGUGGCUACAGAUAUAAAGAAUUAGAUAUCGUCAUCAGAGCAGCUGUGCAGCAGGAGGGUGUGUUAUCCCUCUGGCAAGGCCUUGGCCCGACUUUGCUGAGAGAUCUGCCUUUUUCAGCAUUUUACUGGUUUGGCUAUGAGUUUGUAAAAAGCCAGACCCAUGACCCUGGGUUUGGGACCCAUUUCUUAUCAGGAGCCAUCUCAGGACUUUUUGCUGCUCUUAUCACCCAGCCAUUUGAUGUUGUGAAGACACAUCGGCAAAUUGAACUUGGGGAAAUGGAUUUCAAACCUGGGAAAAAUAUAUCAUCCACAGCGUCAAUAAUUGCCAAAUUGUACAAAGAAAAAGGGUUUUCAAGUCUGUUUACAGGCAUAACACCCCGCUUGGUGAAGGUUCCGCCAGCUUGUGCAAUCAUGAUAAGCACUUAUGAGUUUGGAAAGAACUUUUUCAGGAAAAGGAAUCGUGAUAGAGACACUAUGCGUUUGCCAACAAGUGAUCAUUUAAGAUGACCUGGAUGGGUGCUGAAAUCUUGUUUUGCUGACCUCUGUCCCAGCAUUAGCAUUUCUCAGGGGGGGGGGGGGGGGUUGUGUGAAAUAAAGAGAAAAUGAGGGAUGGGCUUGGGGGUAAUACAUUUACAUAUUGGAUGAUUACAAUGGAAAAUUAUGAGAAGUAAUCUUAAAUAAACUACCUGACAUUAAUACAAUCAAACGCUUUCCCAAGUCAUCUGAUUGAAAUGGAUGCAUUCUCACACUUGAUACUUUGAUAGGACGACAAAAUGGCGGCAGUCGAAGGCUCCUGUACUUUUUGUGUAUUCUAGGGGGAUGGUUGAUGCCAGUUAAUAGCGGAUAAUCUAGGCAACUGAUUUCUACUAUGACAAAGAAAUCUGUGAAAAUUUAGCAUUACCUGAUUUUUUUAAACUAUUUAUAGCCAAAUUCGUUGUUGCACGACCUGCCAGAGUCCAAAAUUUCUUUCUUCGUUUGGGAAUAGCACGUAGUCAAUCAAACCAAACAAUCAAAACCAGACAAACCUCCCCCAUAGGUUGUGUCUGACUACGCUCUAUUCCCAAACGAGACAUGGAUUUUGGAUUCGCUGAGGUCGCGCAACAACGAAUUUGGCUGUAAGCAUAAGGAAAGUUCUGUAUUUACUCCUUUAGAUACUGCGUCAUAAUCACAGGUCUGUUUUGGUACCAAGAAAUCACUUUAGAAUGUUGAAACAAAAACACCCUUAUUCUUGUAGUAUAAUUUGUACGAAACUCAACAAAUAAAUAGCAUUGUAUAUUUUUUUUGUGGAAAAAA